AUAAAAUGGAUAAAGGAAAUGAAACUCAAGUUAUUAUAGAAACAGAAUUUACUAAUUUAAAUAUCUCGGAUAAAGAUUCUAGUACAAUAAAUAUUAGCCAUAAAAAUUGUUCUUAUUGCAAUAAACCAUUUACUGAAGAAUUAUGGUGUAAAAAAUGUGAUCCAUUUAGAAUGAUUGAAGGUUGGACCAGCGGAAAUAAUGACCUUGAUAAAUUUAUCAAAGAUACAAUUUAUGAUGCGAAAAAUACAAAGUACAAUAAGUUCCUUGAAUGGGUACCAUUUGAUAAAUUUAAAGUUGUAAAACAAAUUGGUAUAGGUGGAUUUGCAAAAGUGUUUUCUGCAACAUGGAUUAGUAGUAAAGCAGAAUAUGAUAAACAAGAUGAUGGAAGUUGGAAAAAAAGGGAAUCAUACCCUAUCAAUGUUGCUUUGAAAGGUUGAAUGGAUCGCAGAAUAUGUCAGCUGAAUAUUUAAAUGAGCUUAAAAUACAAUGGGAUUUUUAUAAAUCAGAAGAUAUUUUAUUAAAAUUUUAUGGAAUGACUAAAGAUCCAGAAACUGAAGAAUUUAUGAUGAUUUUGGAAUUCGCAAAUAAAGGAAAUUUGAGAAGUGUUCUUUCACAUAAUUUCAAUAAUAUUUUAUGGAAUAAUAAAAUUCUUUAUUUAUUAUGGUUAGCAUUUGGUCUUAAAAGUUUACAUGAAUUAGGAUAUUUUCACAAAGAUUUCCAUAGUGGUAAUAUAUUACAAGUAGAUCAUAAAUCUUAUAUUUCAGAUUUUGGAUUAUCUGGACCAUCAACCAAACAAAAAUCAGAUGAUAAAGUAUGUGGAGUAUUACCAUAUAUUGCCCCAGAAGUUUUAAAUGGAGAACCAUAUUCAUUAUCUUCUGAUAUUUAUAGUUUUGGUGUGAUUAUGGCUGAAUUGUCAUCUGGAAAACCACCUUUUUAUAAAAGAAAACAUGAUACUACUUUAGCAUUAGAAAUAUGUAAUGGGCUCAGACCAGAAUUUGGAAAAGGAACUCCUGAAAUUUAUAAGAAAUUAGCUUAUAAAUGUAUGAAUGCUAAUUCAAAUCAAAGACCAACAGCCAGUGAAUUGUGUGAUAUAAUAUAUUUUUGUGCUAAUUCUAUUGAGGAAUAUUAUCAAGAAAAAGAAAUUUUUGGGUAUAAAGGUGAAGAGAUUAAGGUUUUGUUUGAGGAAGCUAAUAAAGAAAUACCAAAUAUUUCAACUUCAUAUGAGAAAAAUCCUGAUGCUAUAUAUACUAGUAGAUUAUUUACAUUUAAUAAUUUAACAAAACCUAUUAAUUCAUCUCUCAUUACAUCAUACCUUGAUGAUGAUGAGGAAAAUAAUAAAGAUUGUCAAGAUUCUCAAUUAUUUGACUUGGAGGUUUCUAGCUCAUUACAAUUAAAAGAUGAUAUUAGUAAUGAAAAUAGUGUUUGAUGCGAUCUCAAAUAAAAAGUUACUAUUAUAUUAGGAUUGUAUCGAUAAUAAUAUAUUGACGUUAUAUCAAGUUUUUAAUAGUACAAUGAUAUAUUAACCGAGGUCAGAUUAUACAAAUUUAAAUUAUUCCUAAUUUCUUAACAAUAUUCGAAUCAAAUCAAUUAUCAAAUCAAAAAAUCAAACUCACAAAGUUUAGUUUUUUUUUUAAAUUUUUUUUUUUAUUAUGACGUGAUUGAUAUUUAAAAUUAUAGUUAAAUUAUGUUAAAAUUAUAUUAAUGGCAAAAGCAUUAGCUAAUUUAAAUAUGAUAAAUAAUCC